CUCACUGGUCAAAGAGAGAGAAACGAAAACCCGAAAACCAGAGAGAGAGAGAGAGAAAUGGAGAGCGGCGCUGUGUUCGCAGGGCUACACCCUAACUCCCCUUCCCACCACCUUCUCCUCGGCCCUUCCCGCAGUGCUAUUAAGAUUCUUCCUCCCCCUAUUUCCACCGACCAUAAACUCCUUUCUCCCCAUUCUCUUUCUCUCCAGCUACAGAAGCAGACCCGUUUCGCUUCUUUCAGUAAUCACAGCAAUAACAAUGUUAAUUCUCUUCGAGUGGCCUCCCCCACUAGCAAUGUGGCAUCAGAAUUAGCUGACAUUGAUUGGGACAACCUUGGUUUUGGGCUUAUGCCGACUGAUUACAUGUACACGAUGAAGUGUUCCCAAGGCGAAACCUUUUCCAAAGGUGAAUUAAUCCGAUUCGGGAACAUCGAAUUGAGCCCGUCUGCUGGCGUUUUGAAUUACGGCCAGGGAUUGUUUGAAGGAUUAAAAGCUUAUAGGAAACACGACGGCAACAUUUUACUAUUCCGCCCCGAGGAAAACGGGCAACGCCUUAGAUUGGGGGCCGAACGAAUGUGCAUGCCUGCACCGACUGUGGAUCAGUUCGUGGAGGCUGUGAAAGCCACUGUUUUAGCCAACGAGAGAUGGAUUCCGCCACCGGGUAAAGGUUCUUUAUAUAUAAGACCGUUGCUUAUGGGGAGUGGAGCUGUUCUUGGUCUCGCACCUUCUCCCGAGUACACAUUCUUGAUUUACGUUUCCCCUGUUGGAAACUAUUUCAAGGAAGGUUUGGCACCGAUAAAUUUGAUAGUCGAGACUGAAAUUCAUAGAGCAACUCCUGGUGGUACUGGCGGAGUGAAGACUAUCGGAAAUUAUGCUGCUGUUCUACAGGCUCAGAGUGCUGCAAAAGCAAAAGGAUAUUCCGACGUUCUUUAUUUAGACAGCAUUAACAAAAAAUACUUGGAAGAAGUCUCCUCUUGCAACGUCUUUGUUGUCAAGGGCAAUGUAAUAUCGACUCCCGCAAUAAAAGGGACAAUCCUGCCAGGUAUCACACGAAAGAGCAUACUAGACGUUGCUCUUAGUCAAGGAUUCCAGGUGGAGGAACGCCAUGUGGCGGUAGAGGAACUGCUCGAUGCUGAUGAAGUGUUUUGCACUGGAACUGCUGUUGUGGUCUCACCUGUAGGCAGCAUAACAUAUCUUGGCAAAAGGGUGUCGUAUGGAAGCGAAGGAGUGGGGCGCGUGUCUCAGCAACUCUACUCAGCACUCACCAGCCUUCAAAUGGGGCUCACUGAGGAUAAAAUGGGUUGGAUAGUUGAGCUCAAGUAGCCUAUUUUUAUUUUUAUUAUUAUUAUUAUUUUUUAUUAUCAGUUGUUUUAAAUUUAUUUUCUUUUUCGCAUUUGUGGAAAAUUCGUGAGAACUAGAGUAAUGGAUUGUUGUAAUUUUGGCACUCUCGUUUUAUUUUGGACUCGUGACUCUGAAGUUCGCUUGCUCUUCGUAACGCUUGUGGGUGUUGAAUUUCUUUGUAUGGAUAAUAUUUACUAUUUUUUGUUUAGACAUAAUAAAUUGUCAAAUUAUAUUUCA